AUGUGUGAUCCAGAUAUAUUGGAGGUUCCAGCUGUGAUAUUUGACAAUGGUUCUGGACUCUGCAAAGCAGGCCUGUCAGGAGAGACUGGACCCCGCUGUGUCAUCAACUCUGUCGUGGGGCACCCUAAGUUCAAUAUACCUUCAGCAAGAACUAAUCGGAAGAGAUACUUUGUAGGAGAAGAAGCCCAGCGUAAGUACGACACCUUAUAUUUGCAUUACCCCAUUGAACGUGGCCUGGUAACAAGGUGGGAUGACAUGGAAAAACUGUGGAAGUACCUUUUUGAGUGGGAGCUAGGAGUGAGACAUGAACAGCCAGUCUUGAUGACUGAACCCUCCUUGAACCCAAGGGAAACUCGAGAGAAAACUGCAGAAAUCAUGUUCGAGAAAUUUGGUGUGCCUGCACUCUACUUGUCCAAUCAUGCAGUGGGAGCUCUCUAUGCCUCUGCGUGUGUCACAGGUUUGGUGGUGGACAGUGGGGAUGGGGUCACUUGUACUGUCCCCAUUUAUGAGGGUUACGCCCUGCCUCAUGCCAUCACCAAGCUCCAUGUGGCAGGGAGAGAUAUCACUGAGCACCUCAUCCGGCUUCUCCUGGCUAGAGGAUGUACCUUCCCUUGCAUACUAAACAAGGCUGUGAUGGAUGAUUUGAAAGAGAAAGUGUGCUUUGUCACCUUGGAGCAAGAAAGAGAUGUACACAAGAGAGAACAGGAAUUCCCAAGACAAUACAAACUGCCAGAUGGGAAUGUCAUCCACAUUGGGGACCAUCUGUUCCAUGUGCCCGAUGUUCUUUUUGCACCUGACAGGCUGGGCAUCCAUGACCCAGGACUUUCCAAAAUGGUCUGCAGCAGCAUAAUGAAGUGUGACAUGGACAUCCAGAAGAACCUCUUUGCAGAGAUUGUGCUGUCUGGAGGCAGCACUCUCUUUCCUGGCCUGGAGGAAAGGCUCAUGAAGGAACUGGAAAUGUUGGUUCCCAUAGGAAUUCCCAUCAACAUUACAGCUUCUCCUGAUAGAUGUUUCUUUGCAUGGAUUGGUGCAUCCAUCAUGACCUGUGUGAGCACUUUCAAGCAGAUGUGGAUCACCUCUGAGGAUUUCAAGGAGUUCGGGAAAUUUGUUGUUCAGAGAAAGUGCUUUUAA